CUCUCCCUUAUGUCUUAUAUAAAUUGGUAAAAUAAAUAACAUAUAUUGGCAGAAUGACUGGUGUCUUUUCAUUAAAUUAAAUAACAAGGGGAAACGAAGAUUUUAAAUCUACAUUUUUGGCGUCACACGAAAAGGAUCGCAUACCCAGGCAUUCGUCUCAAUCAUUUCAGGAAUCAAUUCCAUUGACAUUGAUUAGAGAUGGUCGCAAGUUAUUCUCGAUACACAACGACAAUGGUAUGCUUGUUUUUAAUUUUACUUGGCAUUUACCAAGGAAGCCAAGCUUUAUGGACUCCUCGAGUUCAAGAAAUUACUCGGAAUGCAACUCUGAAAUCUGGCCAACGUUUUACUCUACCCUUUAUUUCCAGAUGGGGAUUAUGGGAUUGGGUGCCACGUAAUGAUAAAGACCUUGCUAAAUAUCGAGUGGGCAUCUACGGUGGAUGUAACUUUCACCACCAAUGUUACAAAAGCAGAGUAAUUUGGCCGGUGAAAGAUGGGGGGUAUACCGGUAGUGCUCAAAGACGAGAAAUUUGUUCAAAAGAACAAUGUGAAAUUGUGGGGUUAAACCUCAUAACAUCUACUGAUGUGGAAAUUAAUUUUAUUUUGAAUCGUACCCACAUGCUUACAAUAUGGGAUUCAUUAGCCCUAGGCUGUAUCUAUCCCAUAGUGUUACCAUGCGAGGGGUUUCUAUGGGAUGCUACCUCCAGGACAACUAGAUUCAAGGGAAAUUACAUACGAGUUUGGCAUUCGGAAGAUGCGAAUGAAUAUUGUGAGACUGAAUUAGAAACUGGGGAAAUUGGACGGUGUUUUUAUCUUUCUGCGGGAAAGACAAACAAAGCUAAAACAUGCCCAAGUACAACUAUUGCACCAGCUCAUGGUAUAUUGUUAGCAAAGGAAACCAAAACCUUGAUAAACGAAGCUCAUAUGGUGCGACAACGCAUUAAUUAUAACUUGAUGUCUCUUCUUACUGUUUAUGAUCAGUCCUAUUGUGGAAAUUUCACAAAAUUAGGAGCUGGUUGGAAAAAGAAAUUAAAUAUUAUACCUCUAAGGAUCCUCUUGGAAGUCGAAAUCGUAAACCUCGAAGUAUAUGGGGAGACAUAGCGGGGGUAUUUGGCUCUGUCAAUUCAAUUAGUAAUACUGCUCAGCUGAACCAAUUAAGUGAGUACUCUCAGUGGGUGGGAACAAUGACCGGCAAAGGACUUACUGAGACUCUUCAAGGUUCUCUACAUAUUAUAGCAGCGGGUCAGCAUCUAAAUGACGCAGCGAGGGAAUUGGCAGAUGCAUUAGUGAAAUCGUCUAAUUUUGAGACACAUCGUGCAGCGUGUUUAUUUUUGGCUCAGAAUUUGAAGGAUCAAAUGGUAGAGGAUAUUCAGGUUAUUCGAAUGGGUCAAGUUCCUGAGCGAAUAGCGGAAUCUUUGUUAUGGGUUUUUGGAAAACAACUUAAUUUGACUUCUGCUAAACAUGCUCCAUUAGUUAAAAUUGCAAUCAAUGAAGAUUCGUUGUCAGGUUCUGGAACAUUACCUUUGAUUAUGGUCUGGCCUCAAUAUGGGAAACGCAAUAUUAUGACAGUUAGACGAUUCCAAUCAAUGGGGGUUAGACAAGGAAAUUCAGUAAUUAGAUUGGGAAGGAAUGGAUAUUGGGCUGAAGGUGAAACACCAAUGAUUUCUACUACAGACUGUUGUAUUGAGGAACAUGAGUGGGUAAUUUGCUCAUGUUCUACAAUGUUUAGUCUGUCUCUUAAUGGAUCUGCAGUUUGGGAAGUAGUUCCUUUAGAUCAAGCCACAGGUGCAUGGCAGGUGUCAGAAGCACAGUGGUGUAUAUUACAUGACGGAAUAAAUGAAAAUAUGAUAUAUGGAGGAAAGCUAUGUCCAAUUCCUUCUGAUCCAUUUUGCGUUGAGAUUCUCUAUCCUCUUCAAUUGGGUGGAAUUCAUGUUCCACAUGUACAAUUGUUGCAGUUAGAUCCACAGUGGUGGAAUAAUGAUUUGGUGGAAGAGAGGAAUUAUGAACUCUUUGAAAUGGUCAAGAGAGUUAAAGCAAGCGUUAAGGCAGCUCAAGAGGAGGGAAUUCAAGCAAUGGGUCAUGUUAUCGUAGCGAAUGGAGUAGCUAAAUUGAUGUCUGAGAGGAAAUUAGCUCGAAUUCCAGGGAAUUUAACAUGGUUGGAAUGGAUAGUUUUGACUAUGGUAGGAGUUUUUGUGUUACUGUUAGUAAUAAAACUUAUCAUAUAUGUGAUAAGAAAGAGAAGUACCAAACCUUUUAGAUUGGUUAUUACUGACAAAAUGGAUAGAGCCGAGAAUGGAAAAUUCGGAGUGAGAUAGGAGAUUUUAUACACUACACUACUUACAAAACACAACCUCACAAACAAUGAACACCCGCUUACUGAUUUACAACCCCAAGGGAUAGGACCCUUUAACAUCAACGUUUAUUUUAAUUUCUUAUUUUGGCUCGGAACUGGGGGAUUUAAUUAGUUAACGAGUUAAUUAAUUAAUGAGUCCAGGCACGGGCAGAAGACUUUUUUAGUUUUUCUUUUCUUAGAUGAUUGGGGUUCAUUUUAAAUGCAUACACAUAGAUGUUAAAUGACACAUAGCAUGCGGGGACAUAACAUGGGUUGGGUUUUUGUUUGUUAUUUCUUUUCUUUUCUGUUUCAAUUCUUUUGUCUUCUAUGUCUAUGUCUUGGUCUACUAUUUCUCCUCAACACUAUCACUUCAAUAGGUUGGCCACCUGGAGAUGAUGGUGUGGAACUGACGGCCGUAGUUCCAGAGGAGGGACUGAAGAUUCACAAUCUCAUCAUUUAAUGUUGUUUUUAGUUUUUUAUUGUUUUUAUUAAUAAUUAUAAUCAUUAGUAUUAUGCAUGUG